GCCUGUGGGCAUGGUCAAGGGGGGCUCAUCGACGGCAGGUUGUGCUGAGGCGUGCGAGGAGGACGAGGACGAUGGCGGCGGGGAUCCUCCGGGAAGCGCACCGUCUGCGGACGACGAGAGCAGGAGAAUCCUCCGCGAAGUUGCUGCGCGCACCAGCCCGAGCCUAGCAAAAAUCUGGCUGGCGCCAAAGGUCUGGGAGACGGAGCGGCUGCCGACUCUCGAGGAGCUGCGGCCAGAGAAGGAGCUCUUGGAGGAGGAGCGCGUCUCGCUCAGGUACGGCCGGGAGAUGGUGCGCGCCGUGGGCCAGCGCAGCCACUCCAAGUCGCUCGGCGAGGGCUGCGGCCAGCACGAGCACGAGGCCGCGUGGGCUGCGCUGCGAGGCCUCCGGGACGGCGCGCUAGAGCGAGUCGCCGUUGGCUUUGCGGAGCAUGAGUGCAGCGCGCUGGGCCCGGAGCAUCGAGCCGGAUCGCGCAACUUUGCGCGGCUCUUCUUUUCCGCCGAGGGGCUCAGCCUGCUGCAGGCUGUGGCAAAGGAGCUCCACGGCCUGAGCCUCGAGCACUGCUGGGCGUGGGACGUGGUUGGCGAGAGGGUCGGUGAGGAGUACUCGGUGGUGUGGGGCGUCAAGUGCAUCCUCGCCCGCAUCCACGACGCGAUGGUGAGGAAUCACUUGGUCGAGGACCGCUCCAACAGGGCGGUGGGGCGGCGGGACUGCUGCUCCCACACGCCAGGGCUCUGCCUCGAGUACUUUGACGAGAGCCGAUCGGUCAAAUGGUGGAGCUUGCACCCAUGCAUGCACUGGGUGUGCGACCCGUGCUUCAACCAGCUGAUCGCGGGGCCGCUGAUCCAGCAAAGGGAGCGCCUCCGGACCGAGGCCGAGGCGGAGGCGAAGCAGGCGACGACGCGCCGAGAGGCGGCGACUAGUUUCGAGGCGUCCAUCCAGAAUGCCGGAGCCGGGCAGCUGCACGGUGUGGUGCAGGCGCUCGACCGCCUCGCGACAGAAACGGAGGAGAAGGCGAGUCAUCUCUUUGAAGAAUCGCUCGGCACGCCCCCGGUCUGCCCGCACUGCGGCGAGAGGGUGCGAGAUGCUAAUUGCAAGAGAAUGGUGGUAGCGGGGGAGGACGCCUCACAGGCGGCUGCUUGAAGAGCCAGUCAGGGGGGAGGACGCCUCACAGGCGGCUGCUUGAAGAGCCAGUCAGCUUGAAGCAAAUCGGCGUUUCUUUCUUUUUCGCACUUGUAAAAUUC